CGAGCAGUGGCGGGUCAGUGUCGCGUGGGUCCGGAUGGAGAGAGGAGCUACCACGCGCCCUCCCCGCAGCCUCGACGUGUGCCUCUACCCGCCCUACGCACGCCGCCACGCCACUCUCGGGCGCGGCCACACGCCUCGAACCCCUGCGAGGAGAGUGUCGUGCUGUACGCCCAGAAGAAAAAGCACAAAAGGAAUCAACGAUGUGAGAUAGUUAAGGUGGAAUUCAAUUUACCAUGUCGGGCAAGAGACGCGAGUGAGUGUGCGAGUGCAGGUGGAGCAACGGAGGAGGAGGUGCAGGUGGAGGAGAAGGUAAAUGCCCCGACAGGUAGCAGCCAGUCGCCGCCCCAGCAUGGAGGAGGACGCGGCCGCCAUCCGCCUCCACUGCCGGGGCCUCUGACGACGCCGCCACCGAGUACCCACAUGGGUCACGACGAGGAGGACACGGCGGUAGCCAUGAGCGAGGAGGGCGGGAGCCAGGUGGUGGUGGUGUGUGAGGACAAGGCCACCAGCACGGACGACGAGCUGCUCGUCUCACCCGCCCCCGUCGACCGUUCCUACGAUGGCCUCGGCCCCGACAACUGUUUCCGCUACAUGGCUCACGCGGCGCAGGUGUGGGGCGCCGACCUGGUGGGCAUGGAGCGCCCUUACAGCGGCCGUGGGGGUCGCUACCUGCGCCACCAGGAGUCCCUCAGCAGCAACAGCGACGUGUCCCGUCCGCCCCGGCAGGUGAAGCUACGCCGCCAGAGGACGUCCGAGUCGUGUGACAACGAGUGCCUGCGGCGCCCUAAGGCGCGGGAGCUGCGGCGCCAGUGGACCACCGACUCCUCGGACUCCGGCUACGGCUACUCCAAGCGGUGCUCCCGAGAACCCCUGCGGCGACAGGACACAGAAGAGUCAGCGGAUUCCACCCGACGACUCAUUCGUGACCUGCAGCGACAAGCCACCACCGAAUCGUCGUCCUCGCUGAGGCUCACGCGCCAGUCAUCCAUCCGCAGCGCCUCGGACAACCAGAGCCUCUUCCUCAUGCGCCAGUCAACAGUGGACACCUAUGAUGACAUGUCCACCACAGACUUCUCACGGCCUCAAUCGUGCACCGCCAGUGCGGUCGGUGCCCUGGUGGAUUUCUCCCCGCACUCCUUCACCUCCGACGCCGCCCAUCACCACCACUCCGAAGUUCCCGGCCAGACCGUCCUUUCGGAGUACUCGGCUUGUUACAAUCCCCAGAAGGUGACCUGUAGCUACAGCUACAACAGCACCAACGCCAUCUCGGCAACACUGGCUGCGCCGCUGCUCGCUACCACCUCCUGCUCGCUCAUCAACCUCAGUGCCGUGGACCUGGAGGCUGCAGACAUCAAGAAGCUGCACCACAACCUCCGCUCCUACCGGCCAGAGCCUCAAAAACCAAAAUCAGCCAAGAGGAAGAAGUCUGGUCUGAGUAGGGAAAGCAGUGCUUUGCAGAAGGCGCGGGCGCGCGUGCGGCGGCGUAGGGACGACGAGGAGAUGCCUCGCAAGGUGCGGUGGUCUAUCAUGGCUACGGGACUCAUCCUGCUGCUCAUGUCAGUCAUCCUGGUGGGCGCCACGCUGAAAAUGGCGCCGCUAAUCGACGAAAUGGUGAGGAAGGAGAACGAGGACAUCAUGAGGGAGCUACAGGCGGCCUCGGCGGGAAUACACAACAACAUCACCGCGACGCAAGUUCCAUCCACUCAGCCUGACUCCAGCCCUGACCUCGCCUCCACCGGCCUCUCCGACUCAUCUUCCAACCCCCCUCACCCCGCCUCCAGCCCCCAACCCUCCAAUAGUCCAGACCCCAGCCAUUCCUGAAGCCCCGCGCCGCCCGCUCCUCGGCGUCUUGGAACUCCCUGGCUCUUUUCUCGUGGUGAGCAGCGCCUCAAGAUGCCUUGGGGUUGCGGCGGGACGGCAGCCUCCUCCUGCCCACCCCAGGGUGUCUCUCGUCACCCUUCCAGGACAUGACGGAGACACACUGCUCCUACCGUGACACCCUCACCUUCACCUAGAAGUGUCCGCGUCAAAACGGAACUUCAUGUCUAUUACGAGGGAAGGGUUUCCCUUUUUUUUUUUUCUCACGGCUGACAGUGGGCGCCCUGACCCCCGCCUGCACCCCGACCUUUGCCUGGCACCAUCCGCCUUUCGCCCAGUCCUUGCUCUCACCCCAGGGGGCGCGGAGCUUGGUAGGGAUGGACUGGUUUGCACAGGGCAUGAGGUCAGGUUGGUGGUGUGGGCUUCGUGUCCGUUCCUGCCUGUGUCCCGCGAGGUGUCCUGCGCGACGCUCGCUGUGUUGCUGUGCUCAUCCCCACCGGCAGCCCAGGCUGGCUCCCCAGCACUGCGGCUGAGGUGCGGCGACAGAUCUCGUCACGUCAGUGGAUGUCUAUAAUCAAACGUCGUUGUUUUUAUAUACAGGUGACAUGAGUGGCAGUUUAUAUCUAAGGCAAUAAUUACCUUAGACAACAGGUGUGGUCCAGGUAGUGAGUGGCCCGUGUUGUUGCUGUUGUUGAGUGUCCAUGUUACUGUUCGAAGAGUGUUUAACCAAUUUUUUUCUUUUUUUUUAUUUGUAUAGGUAUGUACAUCAGAACACCUGGACUCCAGACGCUUUACUGUUUACAUCUUGGAAGGUUUAUUUUCCACCAGACAGAGUUAUUUACAAAACCCUAUGUCGUCAUUUCAUUGUAAAUAUUGAUAAAUCUACGUGGUAAUGUCUACAAGCUAUCUAUGAGAGUACUACUUCACCUUGCUGUCAGCUGUUCUUACGCCUCCUAGUAACGCCUGCUGUAUUGGAACCUUUUCUCCGGUAGUGCUGUAUGUAGUGCUGGCCAGGCGGGGAGAAGUGAGGGAGAAUAUAGUGAAGGGCAGACUGGGAUGUGAAAUAAGGCAAGAAAAGUCAGGCGAGAUGGAAUGAAGGAACGAAAAGGGUAAAAGGGAAAAAAGAUAAACGGAGGAAAAUAAGGAAGGACGGAAGGAGGAAAAGCUGGGAAGAAAUGGAGGAGGGGUGAGAUAUGAGAUGAAACUUUCAGGUUUAAAGACAAAGGGCUGAGGGCGCUUGCAAUAAAGGGUGCAUUUAACGAUUAUUAUUAAUCAUACUAAUACUGCUAAUACCACAAACACUGCUAAUACUACUACUACUACUACUACUACUACUACUACUACUACUACUACUACUACUACUACUACUACUACUACUACUACUACUACUAUUCCAAAGAUUUAGACAAAGAAGCACCCAAAUUUUGUAACUCCCUAGAGAGAGAGAGAGAGAGAGAGAGAGAGAGAGAGAGAGAGAGAGAGAGAGAGAGAGAGAGAGAGAGAGAGAGAGAGAGAGAGAGAGAGAGAGAGAGCACAGCCAUCGCUUAAUGCACCUAAAGGGAGAUUAUUCUGCGGUGCACGACCACAUGGGAGGAGGAGGAGGAGGCGGAGGUUAAAAAAGGGUACAGAGAGAAACGAAGGAAUUAUUGAAAAGGGGGAGAAGAGAAAUGGAGAGAGAGGGAGAGAAAAUAAAGGAAAAAUUCAGAGAGAGAGAGAGAGGAUAGGGCCGAAUAAGGAGAACAGGGAGAGGGAGAGAACGGAUGAGGAGUGACGGAAACUGGAAAGAUAAGAGCAGAGAGAGAGAGAGAGAGAGAGAGAGAGAGAGAGAGAGAGAGAGAGAGAGAGAGAGAGAGAGAGAGAGAGAGAGAGAGAGAGAGAGAGAAAGGAUAGGGAGAGAG